AUGGAUGCUGCUGAAGUUAAAUCAGGGGAUUACCCACCAAGAAUUUACCCUGAAGGGUCUUCUAACCUAGAUGGUAAAGUUAUUAAUCACAAUUUCCAUCCAGGGCAUUUCCCCCACGUUAGAGAAACAAUAGAACUUGAUGUGUGGGAAGAACUGGUGAACUCUCCCAUUGGAGUAGUUGCUAGGCUAGAUGAACGCGAAAGCAUGUGGUCUCGUAGGACCGUGCACUAUCUACUGUGUAGACAGCUGCGAGUUAUAAAGAAGGAGAUAUGGUGUCUCGUGGCUGAUGAGGCUAUCAGGUUUAGCUUGCUCGAGUUUGAUGGAGGUUCAUAUACAAUAAGCGGCAUGAAGGACGCGUUAUUGAUUUGGGCUUAUGAAUCCGUCACAUGCUUCGGUGAGAGUUUUGGGAGAGUGAUCAAUAACGAAGACGUUCCGCUUUUGCAAUGGGGUGGAAAGCGUACACGUGCAAGCUUUGAUAAAUUGUUGUCUGCCGAAAUCGAAAAGCAUGGCGAGGUGCGUGUGAGGAGAAUGGUUUUGAAGGACUCAAUUGAAGAGAUGUUUCCUAUUUGGCCGGGUGAAGAUGACGACCAACAACUCGUUAGGUUGAUAACAGAUAUACAUUCAGGUAGAUUUGUGAAAGGUUUGUGGGAAGUGCAGGGGAAUGCAAAGGGGAAGAGGAAUGAGAAGAAGAGAAUGAAGGGUGGAGUUUCGUCAGAAGUUGAGCCACCCAUUAAGAAGCAAAAGAAGAAAGUUAAGACACAAAAUGAGUCUGAAGCUGAUGCAACGGGAAAGGGUUCUAGCGAUAAGGAAGGUAGCGAAGAGUUGGAGUUGGAGAACAAAGCGACUCUAACGAUCAUUGUGAGUACUCUGGAUAUUAUUUCCAGAAAAUUUGAUCAGGUUGACUCACGGUUGGAAGCUUACGAGUUAGAUCGGAACAAACCAUUGAUGGACCAAAAGACCAUUGAUGACAGGGUGAAUGCUUUACUGGAGGAGCGUCUGAAAGAUCUGGGGAAGUCUGUCAAUAGUCCAGCGUUAGUAGCUGCGACCCCUGGUAAGGAGUUUGGACCGAAAAAGAAUUUGGCCAAGGAGCUUAAAAAGAAAUCAGGGGUGAAAAGGACUUUGGAUGAGGAGUUUGGUAGUGUCGAUAAAGCUACUGAUAUGCGGCCUCUUGAUUUCGUAGUAAUUUCUCCUGCAAAGGCUACUAAGGAUGAUAAGGCUACUAAGGAUGAUAAGGCUGCUAAGGAUCCAGCCUAUGGACGCGGUUGCAGGUGCAUGCGUAUUGUUAAAGGUGAGGAAGCCGAUGAGAAGAAAAAAGCAGCGCAGGCAGAUGCUGCGUUUAAGAGGAAGGAGAAGGCUGAGGUUAAGAAAAAAGCUGCUGAGGAUAAGAAAAAAGAGGCUGAAGCUAAGAAAAAGAGGCUGAAGCUAAGAAAAAAGUGGCUGAGACUAAGAAAAAAGAGGCUGAGUUAA